GAGCUUGCAGAAAGCUCUAAAGAACCCUUUUGGUAAUGCUGGGAUGUUGGCGAGUGAAAUCACAAAGCGAGCCAAGAGGAAGGCAGGCUUGGGGACAGGACUGACGUUGCAGGGAACGGUCCAUCCAGAGCUUAACCACAGUGGAGAAUUGACUGUUAAAGCCAUCGAGCAGUUUGGAGCUGUUAUUGAAGAGCUUCUCCUGAAACAUGGAAAGAGAAUCAUUGAUGAACAAUUUGUUCUGAAGCGAGUUGCAGACUGUGCCAUUGAUCUGUACGCCAUGGUUGUGGUCUUGUCCAGGUAGGUUAUAUACAUGUAUUAAUU